AUGGAGUGCAGAAAACGAAGCGUCGCUGUAUCAGUACCACCUCACAAGGACGUUGUUUAUGAAGGCUAUGCGACAGCGCCGGCGAGUAGUGGUAUAUAUAAUUCCGAUUACAAGGAAGAUGGGAAAGCAAACCUUUCUGAUCUGCCUGCUGACAUUGAUGCGACGAAUGGAGUUGUAAGAUCAAAUAGAGAUCUUUCGCCAGCUCAUUACAUAUUUCAAAUCAAGAACUUCUCGUUGCUGUUUAAGAACGAGGUUAAAAAAUGUGAAUCAGGCCAGAGAUUAGUAGUACAACUCCACGCAGAUGGGAAGAAGAAUAUAUAUUUCAAUCAUUGGAACGAUCACAUCUCUUUGUAUUUGGCAAUAGCAAAUCAAAAUAAUCUUUUGCCUGGUUGGGAGGUUAACGUAAACUUCAAGCUCUUUGUGUUUGAUCAAAUAUGCAACAACUACCUGUGUGUUCAAGAUGGGAUUGUAAGACGCUUCCAUAACUUAAAAACUGAAUGGGGAUUCAACCAAUUACUUCCACUUGAUUUUCUCGGCGAUCCUUCGAAUGGUUAUAUUGUUGACGACACGUGUCUUUGGGGUCGAAGUUUUUGCUAUUAAAGUGACUGGCAUGGGGGAGUGUUUAUCAAUGGUUAAGGAAUGUCCUACUUCCCUUAUUUCAAUUGGAAAAUUGACAAAUUUGACUCACUGAAAGACUAUUCUUAUCUCUCUCAUGUCUUCCUUGUUGAAGGGCGUAAAUGGUUUAUCAGUCAGUAAACCUUGUCAUAAUUAGGUUUAUAUAUAUAUAUAUAAGAGGUUGAAGCUCAAUCUAAGGGGAAUCAAAUGCGUAGUAGACGGAUUCUUGUCUCUCUAUCUCCAGUUUGAUUCUUUAGAAACUCUUACUCUUGGCCGAUCAAGAUUGUACGCAAACUACAGGCUG